AAGAGUCAUGACCCAUCCCCCCCGAGUAACCUCUUGAAAUUCCUUAAGUCCAGUGUUGGAGUGCGUUCGUUAGAGAUGGCGAUGGAGAAUUUCAAGCAGUUCCUGUUCGCUCUGUCCGCAGCUGUGUCGGUUGGUUUUGUGUCGAUAAUUUUUGUUUUGAGAUGGGUAUUCUACUUCAGGGAAGGUUUAGCAUGGGAUGGAGGACUGGCCGAAUUCAAUUGGCACCCUGUUUUAAUCGUUACCGGGUUCAUUUUUAUGCAGGGAAUUGGUGAGAAGUUUGUGUUUUUCUCUCUUCUGUACAUACAUCAUUCAGUAAAAGCUGAAGCGAUGGAGGUCUGUCAAUACAUAAAGUUAAAUUAUUUCAACAAGCAGUGAAAUUCGUGAAUUAAUCUGCCAUGCAACGCUGUAACGUCAGGGGUACUGUUAUUGAACGAAAGAUACAUUAUGAAACGUGUCAAUGUUUCGUAGAAAUAGCCUGUUAUUGGUUUCAUUUUCAAUAGUUUUUUUGUAGACAAAUGUUAAGUGCUCUAUGGUAAUUUGUUACCCUGAUGCAAUUCUGAGUAAAGUUACUGACUGAGUAGCCAAAAACAAUAGGACCCUUUGAUCGUUUACAAAAGUACAUUCCAGACUAAUUUGCAUUACCUCCUUCAGUGUAGCCUAAUUAACUUGAAUGACACAGCAACUUUAAUUGGUAUGCACUAACAUUAGUUAAAAAAUGAUUAUAUUACAAUUACCCACACACUUGACAAACAAAAUUAAACUACAUAAUGAGAUUAUGGCUUUAUUUUAUGUUUAGAAGUAUACCUCAUAGUGAUUCUGUCAAAACAGGAUGUUGCAACAUCUGGUAUUUAUAGCAGGAAUUGCUCAUCCCUGAGGAUGUAUUAUUUGAGGGUGUAUUAUUCCCAUUCAAUUACUUGCAUUUUCAUGAUUAAUAAGUUGAAUAAGUGAUUUUUUCCUGUUUCAGCCAUUGUCGUGUAUAGGUUGCCAUGGACCUGGAAGUGCAGCAAGUUAAUGAUGAAGUUUAUUCAUGCUGGCUUAAACAUACUGGCCUUCAUUUUCGCUGUCAUAUCUCUGGUAGCAGUAUUUGACUUCCACAAUGAACAAAACAUCCCCAACAUGUAUAGCCUGCACAGCUGGGUGGGACUAGCAGCUGUGAUACUAUAUUCACUACAGGUAAGCACACCUAAAAUAUAUAAUGUAGCCAGUGCUUGACUUGGACUGAAAUAGGUUCUGGUACUCAUUUUGGGUGCCGGUAUUGUUUAUAUUUAGGUGCAGGAGCUCCACAAUACUUUUGCACUAAUAUUUUCAAAGAGGAACAGGAGCUCAAGCAGUAGUGAGCUCCUUCCCAAGUAAAGCACUGCAUGUAGCCUACUAUAUGAUGCUAUAGAAAUGUCCCUAAUGAUUGCUUCAUAAUAUCUAUUACAUUGUUAUAAAGCUUUGUCAUAAAGCAUUAUUCUUCAUCAUUUUUCCUACUACAUAACUAAAGUUCUAUGCAUGGAUGCUUGUGUAGACUGUUUAUGAAGUGCAUUUUAUGGCACAGUAGGACAGGGAUACCACAUGCUUACAAUGCUUGACAGUUUCCUGAUGUUCUUUCCUCUUUUACUGAGCAGCUUGUUCUGGGAGUGUGUAUAUACUUGAUACCCAUCACCCCGAUAUACCUGAGAGCAGCAUUUAUGCCCCUGCACAUCUACAGUGGACUGUUCAUCUUUGCCAGUGUCAUAGCCACAGCACUUAUGGGCAUCACAGAGAAACUCAUUUUUGGCCUGUAAGUAUUACAAGGCAGGAAAUACAGGAAAUAUACUAAACUUGGUUACUUAGAGACCCCAUUUCGUAAAAUUAUAUUACAGCUAUAGGUAACUCUCUUCUUUUUCUCUCAGGAAAGAUCCCAAGUACAAGGACUCUCCCCCAGAGGCCAACUUUGUAAAUGUGCUGGGAGUACUGAUAGUAGUUUUUGGAGCAAUCAUUCUCUGGAUCGCUACUCGGCCCUCUUGGAAACGCCCAAGUGAGCAGGUCCUGCGCUCCCUGCCAACUUAUGGGGGCGGGUCAGCUGGCACCAAAAUGGGCACUGCCCUGUCACAACAAACUGACCCGAUUGACCCCGAAGGCAAUGGAGAUGCCAGGAGAAGGAGUGGUAAAUUGGAGGACUCAGGACAGGUCAACUGAGUAACAUGAAAACCAACUGCUGGUUCUGUCUGUCUGUUGAUGCUUUAAAACGUUGCAUGGAUCUACUGUUCUGGCAGUCCCAAAGCAAAUGUAAACCUUUGUAUUAACCUUUGUCCCAAAUAGCACCUUGAGGAAUUGUUCCCAACCAUUCCAGAAUGUUGACCUUUAAACAGUUUUUUAUAUUUUGUAAUUUUUACAAAUAAAUUACACAGUUCAAUUUGAUAUCAUUGAAUGUAAUAAAUAAAGGAUUAAACUAGCCUAUUGAAGAUUAGACAAAUAAUAAUCAAAUACAUAUUCCUUACAUUUUUAUAGCUUUUAUAACGAUUACAUACUGUAUUCUUCAGA